UCAAUAAAGAUAUAUUAAAAAAAAAAAUGAGGCAAGUUCAUUGGCUCAGACGCCGUGCGUUCCCAGCAACGCCAGGACAGGGCCGCCCCGGGGCGUGGCUGGGUGUCUGGCCAGCGACAUCUCCACGUCCGCACUGGGCACAGCGUGUCCCUCACGGCUCCUCGUUCCCAGCUCCUCGCCGCCAUGCCUGUGCCGGGGGCCCUGCUGAGCGCCGUCCUCCUGCUGGCCAGCUCCACGCCGGCCGGCCUGGCCGUGGACUUCCUCCUUCCCACCGGGGACCGGGCCAGCCUCCGGGGGACCCAGGCCAUUUGCAACAACGAAAUCCACCAGUGCUGGUUUGUCUCCGUCACCAAGCCCAGCGAGCCCGUCUGUGGCAGUGACCGCGUCACCUACAACGGGGAAUGCCACCUCUGCUACGCGGUCCUGAAAACCCCUGAUGGACCCGCCGGCACGUCACCACCGCGGCUGCCCCGGCAGACCCUCCUCUCCUUCCCCGGGGCCCGGCCCGCACCCUGCCCAUCCGAGUCCCCGGGGCCCGGCCCGCACCCUGCCCAUCCGGGUCCCCGGGGCCCGGCCCGCACCCUGCCCAUCCGGGUCCCCGGGGCCCGGCCCGCACCCUGCCCAUCCGGGUCCCCGGGACCCGGCCCGCACCCUGCCCAUCCGGGUCCCCGGAGGCCCGGCCCGCACCCUGCCCAUCCGGGUCCCCGGGGCCCGGCCCGCACCCUGCCCAUCCGGGGCCCGGGGCCCGGCCCGCACCCUGCCCAUCCGGGUCCCCGGGGCCCGGCCUCUCAGUAAACGUUCCGGCAGAAACGUGGCUGCAGCGCUUCCUUGGCGAAUCGGAACCUUUAAAGAGGCCCGGGCGCCUCCGGGGCGGCGGGUUACAGGCUGCGGGCUUGGUCCCCGCGGAGCUGAGCGCAUGGCGGGCGGGCGGCACGGCAGUCCGCACCCGAGACGCGGCUCCAGAGACCGGAACCGAACCGGAGGUUCGGAAUGCCCGGGCCGGGGACAGGCGGGCGGCCCCGCAGGCACUGGGGCACCUGGCCGCCCUCCCCGCCC